AUGAAGAGGUCAGGUCAACGAACUAUCAAUGCCAACAAGUACACAUCAAAUCCGGACACCGACCCAUCUAAAGACAAGAUGAAGGCGUUGCAGCCCACUUUCGUCUUCCCACUUGACUGGGCGUUAAUCCGUAUGAACGACACGAAAAAACGCGACGUCACCAACCGUCUGCCUGAUGUUUACUCUACCAAGACGAAACUUGUCCCAACGCAGCAGUGCAGGCAGUGGUCGACCUUCAAUGUCAACAAAGAAGAAGUGCACGUUGCCAAAUACGGGCGCACGAGUGGCUGGACGGCCGGCAUCGUUAACGCUUGUAUGAUCAUCAUCAACCCUGAUGCCGAUGAGGAGAUCUCGGGCGCCUAUGGUAUAGAUGCGAAGAACUUGGGAGCGUGUUUUGGCGUGGUUAGUAAUGACGAGAGGAAUGACUUCUGCGAGCUUGGUGACAAUGGCAGUGUAGUACUGCACGAAGGAUCAGGCACGCAGCUUGGACUACUCGUCGGAGUGACUAGUACUGGACAAGGAAUGUUUCUUCCUAUGGACGUCGUCUUUGAAGAUAUUAAGAGGGUCACUGGUAAAGACGUUGUCAACCCGUCUUAUGUCGGACUUACUCCGUACAAUCUAACGGAGGAGGGUGAAUAA